AUGAUCAGCGGACGGCAGUACUACGAGAUGCCGCCUGCGGGCCAAGCGAUCACCAACACGUACAAUGGCAACCGGCGAUUCGACCCCGAUUACGGACUCGACCUCGGCCACCACAAGUACGGCCUCGCGCACCACAAAGAUUAUCGAUCCGCCGCGCGGGCGGUUCCUGGCAUUGGGCCUGCCGGCGCAAGGCAAUCGCUGUCGGCUCUGGACGAGAAGCGUGCCAACGAGAUCCGGCAUGGCGUAUACGCACACGUUUUCCUCGAUGUCAAAAAUAGCCACAAAUCAGACGCUUCGUAA